AUCUCUCAUUCCAUCGAGAACCGUUUGUGCGACAUAUUCGUUUAGAAAGGUGCUGUGAAAAUCGGAUGCCUCAAUCGUUCGCGAUAUACGUGUAACCAAGUCUCACUAUAUCAAAAUUACUUCGUUUAAACGUAACUAGUAUAUUAGGAGAAGUGAAACAAGACACAGUAUUAUUGGAUACAAUAUAUUUUUGCUUAUUUGUAUAGACAGAGUAACGGACGUUUAAAAUUGUGAGCUAUAAAAAAGUUAUACAAACCAUGAAAAAACGAUAAUACUAGUCAUAAAUGUGAUAAAACCUUUAAUAAAGAUGAGGACCUUUCGAAGUUAUUUCUUAUUUUGUACUCUAAUCACGUUACUCAGUGGAAACGCAGCAGAUAAGUCUCCAUUUCAUGAUGAUAUACUUACGAAAAAUGCGGAUGUCUCACAAAAUGAUGUCUACCCUGACUACAGAUUACCAACAAAGAUUAAACCCAUUUCGUACGAGAUUAUUCUGAGUCCAAAUUUCACGGACUUUACAUUUAACGGUAUCACAAAAAUUAAUGUCAUUGUAGCACAAGAAACUAAAAGUAUUACGCUACACGUGGGAAAUAUCAAAAUCGAAACAGUGUCUGUUGUGCCCUUUCGUCAAAAUGAACUUUCGAUUUCUUAUGAGAAUAUUACUGAAAAGUACACUAUUACUCUUCCUAAAACAGUCUUAGAAGAUGAGGAAUUAUUAAUUGCCUUUGAAUACAAUGGGAUCUUAUCCGACAAUAUGAUCGGAUUUUAUAGAAGUUCUUAUGUCGAUCAAAACGGAAACAUUAAAUGGCUAGCUGCUACACAAUUUCAAACGACACAUGCGAGACAUGCUUUUCCAUGCUUCGAUGAACCGAGUUUUAAGGCAAACUUCUUAAUUCGCAUAGUAAGAGACGACAAUUAUAAGACCAUUAGUAAUAUGCCAUUGGAAAAAUCUGAAAAACUGGAACCGGAAUCCAAUAGGACCUGGGAUAUUUUUAAACAAAGCUCGCCAAUGUCCACUUACUUAGUGGCCUUUAUCGUAUCGGAAUUUAGUUCUCUUCCUCCUGGAGAAAGUGUUGGAAAUUACUUUAAAGUAUGGUCCAAACCACUUACCAUCAAUCAAGCUGAUUACGCUUUGAAAGUCGGCACUGAUGCCCUCGAACUGUUUGAGAGCAAAUUCGGGCGUAAUUUAUUUCCUAAAACGGACAUGGUGGCCGUGCCUGACUUCUCAGCCGGGGCCAUGGAAAAUUGGGGAUUGGUUACAUUUCGCGAAAGUCGAAUGCUGUACGACCCGAUAGAAUCAUCGAUAGCAGCGCAGCAGAGCGUGACUUCCGUGAUUGUUCACGAGUUAUCGCACAUGUGGUUCGGGAAUUCGGUGACACCAGAAUGGUGGAGCUACCUUUGGCUUAGCGAAGGAUUCGCCAGAUAUUUCCAGUAUUUUGUUACCGCGGAGCUUAAUCCAACAUGGAACAUGGAGCAACAAUUUGUGGUGGAGCAACAUCAAUCUGCAUUAAUAGCGGAUGGUCUAGAAUCAUCUCUUUCGAUGACUCGAGACGUUUCCAAUAAAUCGCAAAUUGCAGGAAUAGGAGACACUAUUACUUAUAACAAGGGAGCUAGUAUUGUUCGUAUGAUGAGCCUCUUAUUCGGAAACCAAGUUUUCGGAGACGCAAUAAAAGAAUACAUAAAAUCCAAUGAAAACGGAUUGGGCCAUCCAGAUAAAUUAUGGCAAGCAAUACAGAAAGAAAUAGAGAAUCCAAAGAUACAGAAAGGAAUAGAUAAAGAUUUAAUCAUUAAUGUAAAAGAGGUAAUGGAUACUUGGACUACAAAACCCGGAUACCCCGUUAUAUCAAUUGCCAUUAAUGAGACCGGACAAGUGACAAUUACUCAAGAACGCUUUCUUCUGAGAAACGUGGAUAAUACUCCUAAAGAUAUCACUUGGUCUAUCCCACUCACGUUUGCACAAAACAAAAAAGAUUUUGAGACUGUGAAAAUCAAACAUUUGCUAUCUGAAAAAGAAAGUACCGUAAACCUCAAAAUUGAUCCAGAAGGAUGGACCAUAUUUAACGUUCAAUCAUCAGGUUUUUAUCGCGUAAAUUAUGACACUCUCGGAUGGCAGAAAAUUAUUAGUUUAUUGAAAAGCAAAAAAAUGGAAGACGUUCAUGUAUUAAAUAGAGCUGGCAUCGUAGAUGAUUUGUUAAAUCUGGGCAGAGCAGGAUAUCUAAGUUACAAUAUAGUUCUGGAGGGGUUGCUUUAUCUUCAAAAGGAAACAAAUUACUUGCCUUUGAAAGCAGCACUUAAUGGUUUGGAAUACCUAAAUAAGCGAUUUUCAGGACAUACAGAAGAACACGCCUUACUUAAGUCAUAUAUCCUGUCUCUUCUCGAUAACAUGAAUAUCCAAUUAGGCUAUAGAGAAAAUGAAGAUGAAAAUGAAGAAAGAUUAAAUGUUCUGUUACGACAAGAGAUAAAUAAUUGGUUCUGUAAAUUUGACGAUGAGGAAUGUGUAAAUAUUUUUACAGAGAGAUUUAAAAAAUGGAGAGAAUAUGAUAACACCCGUUUUAACCCGAAUGAAAGGCCCAUAGCGUACUGUGUAGCCAUAAGACAUGGCACUCCAGAAGACUGGGAAUUUUUAUGGAACGAAUAUGUUAGUUCCAAUUAUCCGACUGAUCAAAUAGUGAUUUUAAACGCUUUGGGAUGCAAUCGGGAUACCACUAUCUUAGAGAAGUAUCUGAAAUAUGCCAUUACCACUUAUGACAAAAACAACCCAAUUCGCAAACAGGAUAGUACAGCUGCCUUCGCUGCCGUUUAUAACUCUGGUCUGCUUGGUGCUGAAUAUGUUCUUGAUUUUGUUGAUAAGUACCACAAAGACAUGGAAAAAUACUACGGAGGACAGAGUACAAUAGCCACAAUCCUCGAUGGAGCGUCACAACGUCUUUCUACCAACGAAUCAGUGACUAAAUUCGAAAGUCUUAUAAAAAAACACGAAGAAAAUUUUGCGUCGAUUAAAGACUCUCUGGAUUACUCUUUAAAAAUUGCCAAAUAUGAAUUGAAUUGGUACAACGAUUUUUCGACAUCUAUAAUUCAGUGGCUAAAAACAUAUGACGAACUCAGAUAUCCUCUACCCUCAAAUAUAAUUCCUAAAAGUUACGUUAUUUCCCUUACACCUUAUUUGGAAGACGAUUUUCACUUCGAUGGAAAGGUGACGAUUGAAGCCGACGUUAACCAACCGACAGAUCAAAUCAUUUUGCACUCGUCAGAAAUUAAACAUCGUGAAGUGAACGUGAAAAAGAAAUCAGGAUCCAAUUUGGAAACACUGCCGAUCAAAACAAAACGGGUCGUAAAACAAUAUGACUUCUACGAAAUACAUCUCGAAAGCAAACAACCUAGUAGAACACAAUUGAUCAUUGAAAUCGAGUACACAGGUCACUUGAAUGCGACAGAGCAUCGUGGCUUCUACAAAAGUUCUUACGUGAACAAGACUGGAGGACUGAGAUGGCUUGCAGCCUCACAUUUAGAACCCGUUGGCGCCAGAAAAAUGUUCCCUUGCUUCGAUGAACCAGCACUGAAAGCGAUUUUUACUAUACAAGUUAAUGUGCUGGCAAAGUACCAGAAAUACUAUGCUAUUAGUAAUAUGGAAGAGGACAAAGUUGAUAAAAGCAAUAAAGAAUAUACAUCAUUCAUCUUCACUAAAUCAGUGCCAAUGUCGACAUAUCUAGUGGCAGUUAUCGUUUCCGAUUUUGAAUCUAAAUCAGCUGAAAGAGAUGGAACUAAAUUUGCUGUAUACGCACGUCCUAACGCCAUCGAUCAAACUGAUUACGCUCUAUUCGUGAUGGCUCCAUUGAUGAAGUUCUUUGAGACAACAUACAACCAACCUUAUCCGAUCUCAAAACUUUUUAUGGCAGCGUUGCCCGAUUUCUCAUCAGGUGCAAUGGAAAAUUGGGGUCUUUUAACAUAUAGAGAAUCAAGAAUGUUAUAUGACGAGAACCACUCGCCAAUCACAAACGAACAGGAUAUCAGAAACGUGAUUGCUCACGAAAUCUCUCAUCAAUGGUUCGGAAAUUUGGUCAGUCCUCAGUGGUGGAAGUAUCUUUGGUUGAACGAAGGAUUUGCUAGAUACUUUGAAUAUCACGCCCCAGCUCGUGUAUUUGACGACAAGACUUUGGAAUCGCAAUUUGUAGUGGACCAAGUACACUCUGCUUUCAGUGCAGAUAGUUCCAAAUCUACACAUCCCAUGAGUUACGAUGUAGCUACUCCUCGUGAAAUUCGAAGUAUAUUCGACUCAAUCAAUUAUGCUAAAGCUGGUAGCGUAUUAAGAAUGGUUGAAAAAACAUAUGGAAUCGAACUGUUCGAUAGUGCAUUAAAAGACUAUCUUGAAAAACGGAAAAACGAUGUUGCUACUCCUGAACAUUUAUAUGCAUCACUUCAACAAAAAAUAAAGGAAAAGGAACUAAACGAUGAAAUCAAAGAUAUCUUAGACACAUGGACAACUCAAUCUGGCUAUCCUGUCGUUAGUGUCACUGUUAAAAAAGAUUCUAUAAUUUUACAACAAAAACAAUUCUUUCUUAAAGACGAUGAAAGUAAUUCUGAUGAUACCAUAUGGCACAUUCCAAUCACGUGGGCAUCAAUUCAGAAUAAGUUAGAAUACUUUAAUACCACACCGAAAUUUUGGUUGAUUGAGAAAAAACAAAACAAAACAAUAGAAAAUCCAUCAGACUCACUUUUAAUAUUCAACAUACAACAAUCAGGUUAUUAUCGUGUAAAUUAUGACAAAGAACAUUGGACGAAACUAAUUAAUUAUCUUAAAAACGAGGAUAUUCAAACAAUUCACGAAACCAAUCGUGCAGCCUUAAUUAAUGAUCUUAUGAAUCUUGCAAGAGCAGGCUACAUUGAUUACAAGACUGUUAUAAAUGCUACAAUGUAUUUAGAAAGAGAAGAUAAUUACUUCCCAUGGCAAGCAUUCUUCAAUAAUCUGCCUUAUUUAAACAAUCGUUUUGUAGGACGUGAUAUUGAAGGCUUAUAUAAAAAAUGGUUAACAUCAUUAAUAGGUCCACUUUAUGCACGGCUAGGCUUUGAAGAUCGUGAGAAUGACGACAAUCUGACUAAAAUGUUAAGAAUAAACACUCGUAAAUGGGCCUGCAAACUAGAUAUAGCAGAUUGUAAAUUCAUUGCUGCAAGAUAUUUUCAACAAAAACAACAUUCCGGAACUAAUAUACCACCAAACUACCGCGAUGUCGUCUAUUGUACAGCUGUGCAAAUGGAUAAAACAAAUAAUUACAAAUUCCUCUGGCAGGAAUAUUUAAAAAGCAAUGUUACCAUAGAUAAACUCGUUAUUCUCAAUUCGUUGGCUUGUUCAGAAAACAAAGAUGUUUUAGAAGAAUUAUUACGGGAAACGGUCAAAGAAAAUUCACAAAUACGAUAUCAAGACAGUGCAAAAGUAUUCUCAAACGUUUACGAUGCAAGUUUAAUUGGCGUUGAAGCUGUCAUGACAGUAAUUAAAAGUGAUUACGAUAAUAUAUUGCACCUACAUUUCAAUGAUUUUACAAAAAUUGGAAAUAUAAUAAGCGCUUUGGCAAGCAGAUUAUCUACUCAUGACCUCUAUAAUCAGUAUACAAAAUUACUUAAUUGGUUGGGUGACAAAGAACCUGAAUUAAAAAAAUCCUUCAAUUCUUACUUGAAAACGGCGAUAUAUGAAUUCGAGUGGUACGAGAAAAAAGUACCAAUAAUUUUUGAAACAUUGGACAAUCUAUUUCCAAGCAUUACGUACCGUUUGCCGAAGACACUUGCUCCAAAAUUGUAUAACGUGUAUCUCACACCUCAUAUGGAAAAAGGCGUCUUUGAAGGAAAAGUAAAUAUAUAUAUAACAGUUGAGGAAGAUACUACAUUGAUAGCUCUCAAUUCUCACGAACUUAAUAUCUUAAACAUAAAAGUCUUAAGAAAUGACAAAGAAAUGCCUUGGUUGACUAAUACGACAAAUAUUCCACAACAACUAAGAAUAUAUUUAGCCAACUUUGUACAUAAAAAUGAGGAAAUAAUAAUAGAAAUUGAAUUUAGCGGGGUUCUUAAUGAUGAUAUGAAAGGAUUCUAUCGUAGUUCAUAUCUCGAUAGUAAAGGAGUACAACAUUGGAUAGCUACAACACAGUUUGAACCUACGCAUGCUAGACAAGCUUUCCCUUGCUUCGACGAACCAGCAUUUAAAUCGAAAUUUCAAAUUAAUAUUCAGAGGCUAAACCAUUACAACUCGUUAAGUAAUAUGCCACUCGAUACAUCAGUUCAAAAUCCAAAGGAUACUAAAUAUACAUGGGACAUAUUCCACACGACCAUUGUCGAUAUGUCAACAUAUCUGGUAGCAUUCGUUGUCUCUGAAUAUGAACCUGCGGUUCAUCCUGCAAACAGACUUAACGUAUGGGGCAGAUCGGAAGUCGCUCCAUAUGGAAAAUAUGCUCAAAAUAUUGGAAUGGGAAUUAUUAAUGCGUUAGAAAAUAUUACGGACAUUGACUAUGCUUUAUAUAAGCUCGAUUUGGUGGGAAUUCCAGAUUUCUCUUAUGGCGCAAUGGAGAAUUGGGGCCUUGCUACUUUCCGUGAAUACGCACUUUUCUAUAAUGAAAAAGAAACCACAUCGACAUAUGAAAAAUACAUAAUCACUAUAAUAGCGCAUGAACUUACUCACAUGUGGUUUGGAAAUCUCGUUACUUGUGAUUGGUGGGAUUACAUUUGGCUCAACGAAGGUUUCGCGCAAUACUUCGAAUGGUUUGCAUCUGAAAAGAUACGACCAGAUUACCAUUUCAUGGAUCAAUUCGUGGUUUACGAAUUACAUCCUGCUUUGUUAAAAGAUGCUUCGAUUUCAACACACGCAAUGACAAAUCCCGUUCAAACACCGGAAGAAAUAGCUGGUAUUUUUGACUACGUCACUUACGGCAAAUCUGCCAGUGUCUUACGAAUGUUCUUCAAUGCAUUUGACGAAAAGGAUUAUAUAUCGGCACUCCGUGAUUAUUUAAAGAAACAAGAGUUUCGUACGGCACUUCCCACAGAUUUAUGGAAAAGUUUUGAAAAGUACGUAUCAAUACCAAUUGAGAAUAGAAAGGCAAACAUCGAGGAAGUUAUGAAUACUUGGACGAAUCAACCGGGAUAUCCUGUCGUCAAUGCUACAUUAAAUAAUAAUAUAUUAACGCUUACUCAGGAACGGUUUUUACUGAACAGAAAUACCCCUGGUGAUGAGUUCUAUUGGAUACCAAUUGAAGUAUUCGUUCCAGCUGAUUCGUUUACUGUGUCUUCAGAGAACAAAAUAUCGAUAGAACCAAAACUUCAGAGCGCAUCUGCUGAUGUAUUUUCGGAGCAAAAAAUACAGCUAGGACCAAACCUUCAAAGCACAUUUUCCAGUGUAUCUUCUGAACGCAAAAUACAACUAGGACCAAAUCUUCAGAGCAAAUUUGCAGGUGUUUCUUCAGAGCACAAAGUAGAGUUACAACCAAAUCUUCAGAACACAUUUGCUGGUGUAUCUUUAGGACAAAAAGUACAGUUAGGACCCAAUCUUCAGAGCACAUUUACUGGUGUACCUUAUGAACACAAAGUACAACUAGGACCAAAUCUUCAAAGCAUAUUUGCUGAUGUUUCUUCCGAGCACAAAGUACAGCUAGAACCAAAAUCUCAAAAUAUAUUUGAUGGUGUAUCUUUAGAUCGUAAAGUAUGGCUGGGACCAGAACCUAAAAGAAUGUUUAUUAAUCCUAUUAACGACUGGUACAUCGUUAAUUAUAAACAAACUGGUUUCUACCGCGUUAACUACGAUCCUAAUUCCUGGAAUGCAUUAAUUAACAAGCUAAAUAAUAAAGGAUUUGAAGCUAUUAAUGUCUUGAAUCGUGCUCAAAUUAUAGACGAUCUCUUUAACUUAGCUCGCGCUAACUACGUAGAUUACGAAUUAGUAAUGAACGCAACGACAUAUCUGAAACAAGAGACACAUCAUUUACCCUGGAGAGCAUUCUUCAACGGCCUAUCAUAUGUUUAUGGAAGAUUUGAAAGCCCUUCCCAGCAAACUUACAUGAUUGAUCUAAAUCAAUACGUUUUAGAUUUAUUGACUGAUAUGUAUAAUACAGUAGGAUUUACUGAUGGCGAUUCCGAAAAGCAUUUAGACAAAUUAAAUCGGGAAAUGAUUCUUCAAUGGGCCUGCAAGUUGAACAAACCAGACUGUAUAGAAAGGUCUAAAAAUUUGUAUGCAACUUGGCGUAAAAACAGUAUUGAACGAAUUCCACGUAAUGCACGACCAGCUGUUUAUUGCACCGCAUUAAAACAAGGAAACACAGAUGAUUGGGAUUUCCUGUGGAAACAGUAUUUAAAAGAAAACUUUGCAACCGAGAAAAAAAUUAUUAUAACUGCACUUGGAUGCUCAACAAAUAAGACAGUGCUCCAAGAUUAUUUAAGAAAAGCUAUCAAAAAGUACGAUCCUGCCAAUGCUGACAUUCGCCGACAAGAUGUUUCAGCAGUAUUUACUUCCGUAUACAGUCAAAGUAGAGUAGGAGUAAAUGUUACUCUUGACUUUUUAAUGGCAAAUAACGAUGAACUAUACAACUAUUUUGGAAAAUGGAGCGACAUCGCAGACUUAUUUGUUAAUGUGGCAUCAUAUAUAUCAGACCAGGAACAAUACGACAAAUUGGUCCACUUUGUCGAACAAAAUAUAACUAAGUAUCCUAUAAUCGUUAAACAAAAAUUACGUUCCGCUAUUGCUAUUGCGGAAACCAACUUGUUAUGGUCCAAAAAUUACAGCGAAAAAAUUGGACGAUGGUUAGCGCAAAAAAUGCCACCUCCGGAACCACUAAGUUCUACAAGGAUAAAAUCAUUGGAUAUCGUUUCUACAAUUCUCAUUGCUUUAGUAUCAUAUCUUUUAACCUAUUACUAAGAACUAAGUUGAAUAAAAGAAUACAUAUAUUUAUAUUAUACAAAAUGUAAAAAAUGUAUUAUUGAUUUAUAUUUUUCAUUUAAUAAUUUGUUUUUUUACUCUAAAAACAGCAAAGUCAUAUAUUUACUUUGUAUAUAAUAUUUUAUUACAUUUAAUAAACAAAGAAUUCUAUCUUUAAUCGAGCUUUGUAAUUAGGCACAAGUAAAUAUUAUAUAAAAUAACAUAAAUAAUAUAUUAUUUAGUAAACAAUUUUUUAUAAUAUUAUAACCCAAUUUAUCUUAAUUACUAAUAAUUUGAACUUGAAAAAAUGUAUUAAGUGAAUUCUUACAAAACUAUUUUAUAAGAUGUUAAUAUGCAAGAUAAGGUGAUAUAUAUAGAAUAUACAUAAUAAUAAAUUACUUUGUACUAU